AUGGCUCGCCUGCUGGUUUUGGUCAACUCCGUGGUCCUGUUGCUUUUCGGCAGCGACGUGUUCUUGGUGGGAGCAAACCGGCCCCCAGCUCCCGUCAACGUGUCCGUCAUGCACCUGCGGGCCGACUCGGCAACCGUCUCCUGGGAGGUUCCUGAGGGAGACAUCAUCAUCGGCUUCUCCAUCUCACAACAGAGGCAGGACGGACACAUGCAGCGGUUCAUUCGGGAGGUGAACACCACCAGUCGCUCCUGUGUUCUUUGGGACCUGGAGGAGGAGACAGACUACAUCAUCCAGGUCCAGUCCAUCGGCCUCUACGGGGAGAGCCAGGCCAGCAAGAAGGUGCAUUUUCGCACCCUCAAGAAGUCCGACCUCUUCCCGUCCAACAGCUCCAACCAAGAUGACCCCACUGUGCAAGGCCUGGACAAGGCACGGCAUCUACAAACAGGGGAGAUGAUCAUAAUCGUGGUGGUCUUGGUCAUGUGGGCAGCCGUUAUUGCCCUGUUCUGCCGGCAGUAUGACAUCAUCAAGGACAACGACUCCAGCAACAGUAAGGAGAAGGCCAAGCCGUUGUCGGAGAGGAGCACGCCGGAGCAUCACAGCGGAGGUCUGCUGAGGAGCAAGGUGAAGAGUCCGUCAAUCCACACUAUGGACGCUGUUCAUCAGCUAAUACGCCAUUGUUAGCCACAUGCUUCAGCCCACGGUAGCCUGUGCUACCUGGGAGGUGAAUACAUGGUUGUUGAAAGCAGUUCAAGACGCUUAGCUCAUCAUUGAGGGACGCUACAAUAUAAAUAUAAACAUGAAUUUGAUUUAUGAAUGCUUUAGAUUAAUAAGGAGUGUAUUUGUCUACCAUUACUCCACAAUAUCAGGUCAAUUUGGUUUAAUGUAUAGUAUGCACUAUGACAAUAAUGUUUUCAUGUUAUGGAGUUGCGAUUCAUUUUAUAAAACAAUUGCUAUGUUCUGUUUUUUA